AUGGUCAUGUUGAUCGUCGACGAGAUCAACCAGGUGGGCGGACUCACGCUCGCGGCGGUAGACAGCCGUCUGCGGCAGUACAGGGACGACCAGCAUCGACCGUUCGGCGGGAUCCCAACGGUCAUGUUCUUUGGUGACUUCUUCCAGUUCGACCCCGUCCUGCAGACCAGCCUCCUCUUACCAAUGCCUAGGGACCCCGGUGGACAGAGACCGGACAGCUCGGCAAAGCACCUAGCAGCGCAUAAGCUGUUCCUCCAGUUCGCGAACGUCGUCAUCCUCGGCGAACAGGUCCGCGCAGCCGGCUGUCCAAGGCUGCGGGGCUUCCUCCGGCGCCUGCGCAGUGGGGAGCAGACAGAGCUGGACUUCCAGCGGCUGAGCCAACGCCUCUAUACACCGUCGUGCAAGUACUCCUUCGUAGAUGCCCUGAGAGCCAUCACGCCUCUGAACCAAGACCGGUGGGACCUGAACAUGGCGGCCGUCGUCCAGUGGGCUCGUGCCCACGGCAAGCACAUCUCAGUCUUUGUGGCCAAGCACGAUACUGAGUCGGGGAAGCGAUUGAGUGCGGGGGACCUAUGCCACGUGCUCCUCUACGGAGAUGACUCGCAGCUGCCGACUUCCGGCCUGUUCUUCUACGCGCAAGGCAUGCCGGUCGUGGUGACUCGCAACCAGUUUGUCGGGCUGAAGGUGGUCAACGGGGCGCCUUUCACGGCCGUCGACAUCUUUCCCGACCUCGCCGCCGGCACCAUCGCCCUCGCCAGCGAUGUGACUCUUCAUCUUGGACCGCCGGUGGCCGUCCUCCUUCAGUCAGACGAUAGCGCGGGCCUCGCCAUCCCCGGGCUCCCCAAUGGCACCAUCCUGAUCAAGAGCAAGACGGUCGCCAUCCCGAGCCAAAUGCGGGGCAAAGAAGGCAGAUGGAGGGGCAAGCCCGGUUUUCGGUGGGUCACCCACAGAACGGGACCUCUUUGUACACCGGCCUUCGCCAUGACAGAUCAGAAGAGCCAAGGCAAACAGUUCUCGGAUGUGCUCGUCAACCUCAAAGGCGUCCAUUCGAGCGGCACGGCGACGCGGCCCAGUUUCAUGAGCCUGUACGUGCAGCUGUCGAGGGCGCAGAGCUGGGACGGGCUGCAUCUGUUUCGGACACCGGCGCGUGGUGACUUUAUCGAGCCCAAGAAUGUGCUCGACAAAGACAUGAGGGACGCCAUCCUCAAGCUGAAACGACGGGGCGAGGAGACCAGGCGGCGGUUCGAGCAAGACCACAGGUCUGAGCCGUGGUUUCAAGAAUGGGCUGCCAUGCCUGAAUCUGGCCAGGGUACUGAAACCGAUGAAGUCGAGGACGCGGCGCUCUGGCGAGACCCUGGGGGAGAAAUGGAACGGCUUUUUUUUAUGGGGCGUUUUAUGGGGCGGAAGUAG